AAGAAGUCCCAGCACAACUGCUCCUUCCACCACACCUUCAGUGCUCAGAGAGACGCACAGCGGCACCUGGUGGCGGAACGAGACCAGUGCCUGUCAGUGCGCGAUCCUCCCAGCAUGCACUGGUCCGACAAGAUGGCGGCGCCCAGCGAUCGGCAUCCCUCUAAUCCCUUUAGCGGGUUCCCUUUCUCUAUUCCCGGUGUAAAGGAAGAGGGGACCGGCCAGUCGGAGGAUGGGAAGCCGAAGAGGCCCUGCCGGGCGUGUAUGGACUUCAAGAGCUGGAUAAGGACACAAAGGAAGCAAAACGUGGCCUCGGCGGAAGUAGACAUUGAGGAAAAAGAACGGCCCGCCGAGUGUCCGCUAGAUCGGGAAGAGCUGGGCCGGAGUACCUGGUCCUUCUUGCACACAAUGGCAGCUUAUUACCCAGAUAGUCCCACAACCAAACAACAGCUGGAGAUGAAGAGCUUCAUUAACCUAUUUUCCAAAUUUUACCCCUGUGAUGAGUGUGCAGAGGACCUGCGAGAGAGACUAACUAGCACUCAGCCUGACACCCGCAGCAGACACAACCUGUCACAGUGGAUGUGCAUGAUUCACAACGAGAUCAAUAGGAAGCUGAGCAAGGUGGAAUUCGACUGCUCGAAGGUGGACGAGAGGUGGCGCGACGGCUGGAAGAACGGGUCCUGCGACUGAUCGAUCUGGUCGUUUCUUUCCUCUAUUUGGCUAAUAUUGGCAGGUUCUAGGAGAGCAGCCAGUGACUUUGUGGCAGACAGGUUCAGGUAGAAGGUGACAGAUUUGUUUUUCUUCUUUUGUGCUAAAGUUUUGAUAUUUUGUAAAGUAAUAAGUUGCACUACUGCAAGACUCGGCCUAUGUCCUGAGAAUGUGCGUGAAUAAACCGCGUGAGCGUGA